AUGGCAGAGGAUGAGGUGGCUGGUGUGUUGGAACGCGCCCACAGACACGUCGCACAGGCGGUUCAGCAGAGCGCCGAUGAUCUGACGCACGUUGAGCAGCUGCGGCUACGGGCGUUACGGAAGCGGGCUGCCAUCGAGAGCAGGCUGAAGACGGCAGUUCAAUCCCAGAUCAGCGACGUCUACGAGGGCAUGGACCUGCUCCAGCGGUGUCUCCGUGACUUGGACUCUGUUCAAACGAGCGUUGAUGAGAGCGAGCACUUGUUGGGCACAUGUGAGGAGCUCAUUCACCACGCCGCCCAGGCCCGCGUCUUGAGCGAUUCGCGCAAUCGGAUGCGGUCCACCAUGGAGCAGCUUGAUCAGAUCUUCAAUGUCCCCGACGACGUACAGGAGCUGGAGAACAUGCUCAAGGAAGACCCACCAAACCUCCUGCUAGCACACCAAAAGUUGAUGCAUCUGGAACGCUGUAUGGAGCAUGUCCAGUCCAAGAUCAAGAACACCAGCGUGCGCCCGUCAGACGCGCGUGCAAUUGACGAAUACUUUCAGGGCGUCCGCGUCGUCUCGGCGAAGCUGCAGCAGCAUGUGUUCUUCGUGGCGCACGAUCCACUGGCGUUGGUGAAGACAGACCCGGCGCUGCUCGUCUCGGCCUUGCGCAUCAUCAUGCGCGAAGAAAAACUUGACAGAGAGGCAGCGCCCAACACCCCGAAUCGCCCGAAAAACCUCAAAGAGAAAUACAUGGAGAAACUUGGGUUGCAGAUCGAGUCAAGCUUUGAUUCCAAGUUGUUUGCGCAGGGCUCGGUGUAUCGUUUUCUCGAGGCCUUUCGCUCCUUCUACUUCACCGAUCUCAUUGUUGCCCAGCAACGCCUUCCAGAAUGCUUUCCGCCAGAGAUUGACAUUUUCAACUUCUACCUCAACCACUACCACGACAGACUCUGCUUCAUGACGGAACAGCUUCGUGCUCAUGCGGAUGUGUCGCCAAACGACAUUAUGCUGCUCUUGAACUGGGUGCCAGAGUACAAGCAGGACAUGUCGACGCAACUUGGCAUCGAAGUCUCUCGCUUCUCCCAACAGCUUCUGGGUGUUGAGCAGGAUGAUUUGCGCGACACAUACCUCGAGAUGCUCAAAUCAAAGCUGAGCGAGUGGGUGGCAAACUUGGUGGCUUCAGACGUUCGGGUGUGGAAGGGCAUUCCACGACACAAGGGGCCGUCACCGCCUGGCAAUAUGAAGAGGGAGGACAGCGGCGCCGGCGAGCAGUCUGCGCACGAGGAAGGACAGGCAGGCGGCGUGGAGGGCGAGGCGGUGGAGGAGGAAGAAGAAGAAGAGGAAGAUCGGUCCGAACCGCCGCUCAAGGCAAAUGGGCUGUACGUGACAGACACGCCCGUCAUUCUGUUCCAGAUGAUCGAGAGACAGAUUGACGUUGCGUUUCAGCGGGGCGGUGGCGGUCUGUUUGCUGCACAGGUGUUGGAAGAAUGCUACCGUGCCAUCAAGGAGUUCCACCAGGGAUACGAAUCGGCGCUGUCAGAAGUGCAGGCCGAGUACACGGGCGAGGAAGCAAAGCCACAUCCUCGUUAUCUGGUGGAACACAUGAUGGCUGUCGUCAACAACUUUCAUCGCUCCCGAAACUACAUGUCACAGGUGCUGACGAAGAUUGAGGCGCACUAUCCACGCCAUGCCCCCGAGUACAUGCGUGCAGAGUCACAAGUGCACGAAGAGCUCGAUCCCGGCUUUUCGCAGCUCGCCACUCGCGGCGUAGGCCUGUUGUUGGAGCUCAUGUUUGUCGACCUUAACCACAUCUACGCAGACCUCUUCGUGCUCAAGUGGCUGCGGUCCCGCAAGGCGUUGAAACGCAUUUUGGCCACGCUGGAGGACUACUGCACGGAUUUCCAAGAGCACUUAAACCCGAGGCAUUUCCACUUGCUGAUGACCAAUGUUUACAAGCGCACCGUCAUUCAGUAUCUCAGGGCGUUGAUGACGAAACGCUACCGCCCGAAGGAUGAGCAGGACCGCGAAACAUUUGCUCGCUGCUUCAGGGAGGAGCUUGAGAUGCUGCGGGACUUUUUCCAACAGUUUGAUAUCGUCACUGAUAGCACGGGGCGCGAUCCAACGAUGGCGCUGGUGUACAUUCACCAGAUGCUUGAUGUGUCGCCGGGCGUGAUCAAGAUGUCGUUCCUCAAGAUGCGCUCCGAGUUCCCCGGUUUCACACAUCACCAUCUGGAAACCAUCCUCAACAUUCGCGAUGACUUCUCCUCAAAAGAGGCACGCACCUUCAUCCGUGACACCGUCAUUGGCAAGAAGAAAGGCAAAGGCGACCCGCCCGAGCCCACGGAGCAGGAUGUGCAAGACAGCAGCUUCUUUGUGCAUGUCCCUGUCAGUACAUCCACCAACUUUGCUGUUCGUGAUUGAUGAGUUUGACAUCUUCAAUGCUUGCUUGUGCUGUUUCUUUGGUGAUACUCAGUAAAAAUCGCGUUGCCAAA